AUUUUGAAUAGUAUUAUAACAGCACUACAAUGAAAUACUACUUAUACUAAAAUGUUUUUCUUAUAAAAAUUAUAAAUACAUUGAUUUUAAAAGAAAGACUGAAGUGAAUAAUUAUUAAGAAUACGUACGUGAGUUUUAAUAAUGAAGAAAAAAGUUAUAAAUAAAAAAUUAAAUUGGACGAAAGAUUCAAUAAAUGCACUAGGCGUUUAUAAAAUAAUAACCCAAAUUAUGUGUCUGUGGCCACUCGAAUCGAGAACUAUUUACUGGAAAAUACGUAUUUCACUAUUAAUCAUUUAUUUGAUACUGUCAUGUAUAUUUGUAAGUAAAGAAAUGCUAGAACAUUGUGGAUCAAUGAAAGAUCGCAUUUUACUGUCAGCACAUUUAUUAGCAUCAGUCACAUCUGUUGGUAAAAUAAUAAUACUGAAUGUAAACCGUAAAAAUCUAUCUACAAUUAUAACGAAUGCAGUUGACGAUUGGGAAAAAACAAACGAUGUUAAUUUUAAAAAAAUAAUGAAUCGAUAUGCAUUAAUCAAUCGUACAUUACUUUAUAUGAUGCUAUCACCGGCAUUGCUUUACGUUAUCAAAGUAACCAGUGAUCGCAUACCUUACACCCUAAUAAUUGAUAAUGCUACUGUAUUAAUACGUACCACCCCCUUGAGUUCUGAAUGUUCGAACUAUGCAGAUGCCCAUUUAAUUAUUUAUAUUGUACGUUUCAGUUUUCGAGUCGCUGAGUGUUUUAUAUACAACUUAACAAACAAUGGACUCGAUUCAUUUUUUUUCUUACUGGCAAUGCAUCUUUGCAGUCAAUUAGAAAUAUUAAAUAUUUAUUUCAGGCAACUCAUUAUUGAUGAAGCCGGUGUAUUUAUGAAAGAUAAAUUUUGUAAACUUAUUGCUAGACAACAACAUUUAUAUUAUUUAUUAAAUAUUCUUGACGAUUCUUUUAAUUUGAUGAUACUCAUUGUGUUGAUAUCAGACUUUUUUUAUUUAAGUAUUAUAGCUUUCACCUCACUUGUUUACAUAAAGGAACAAAAAAUAAUGGAAGCUGUUGUAAUAACUGCAGCUAUUUCAUUAAAUGUUUCAUUUGAAUUAUUUUUGUACUGUUUCGUCGGGGAAAAAUUAACCAACGAAGUAGACAAAUCGUCAUUCGCAAUGUACAGCACAGGCUGGUACAAUUUAAAACCAAGUGUAUGGAAAAAUAUAAUGUUCGUUACUUUGAAAUGUAGUAAAGAGUUCCGUAUAACAGGCGGUAAACUAUUUAAAAUGAAUUUAGAAAAUUUUAAGACUAUUGUUAAAACUCUUGGAAGUUUUCUUUCAGUUAUACGUUUAGUAGUUUUUGAAUAAUUAUUUAUUGUUUAAUUAUGAAGUUAUGCAUUCAUGUCAUAUAAAUUAAGAUAAUUUUAAGGCCAUAGUCAAAACUUUGAAAUUUUUUUUCCAUCAUCCGUUUGGUAAUUUUCAAAU